CGGAGUCGGGUCUACUUUCUGAAGGGUUUUUAGGGUUUAAGCCAUUUCGCUGAAUUUCUGCAUUUUUCUUUGGAUUGUCAACUGUGAAGACGAUGACCUCCAUGGCUGUUCUGUCGAGAAGGCUCUUUCGUUCUCUGCUGUCGAAUUCUAAAGCUUCUCAUCACCACGACAUCCUACCCGUGAUCUGUAGCUCGAAGAACCUUUCCUUCCGCUCGAUCUCAGACAUCGGGGAGUCCAGUAUUGGCUCGGACAUGAACUUGGACUCACAUUCAGUAUCUAAUCGACCUUCUCUCUCGCCGUCCUCGUCCCAGACGAGAACCAUCUAUAAUCGACCUCUGGAAAAUGGCCUCGAUGCUGGCAUUUAUAAGGCUAUAUUGGUGGGGCAGGUGGGGCAAAGUCCAUUGCAGAAGCAGCUGAAAAGUGGGAGAACGGUGACGCUGUUAUCAGUUGGUACGGGCGGUAUUCGUAAUAAUCGGAGACCCUUGGCUAAUGAGGAACCCAGAGAGUAUGCGAAUCGGUGCGCAGUUCAGUGGCAUCGGGUUUCGAUUUAUCCUCAGAGACUGGGCGAUGUUGUCAUGAAGCAUGUUGUGCCCGGUUCAAUUUUGUAUUUGGAGGGGAAUUUAGAGACCAAAAUCUUCACUGAUUCAACCACUGGUCUUGUUCGACGCAUUAGAGAAGUUGCCAUUCGCCGCAGUGGCCGCCUGGUAUUUUUGGGCAAGGGAGAAGGCGAUGUUCAGCAGUCCACUCAAUCAGAAUUCAAAGGUGUUGGCUAUUACUAAGAGAUGUUGCUUGCAGUGUUGUCAUAUGAAGUUGCAGUGGUCAUGGGCAUAAUUUGGGUUAGACAGAGGGAAUGCUGGCUUUUUGUGAAACGAUAUCAAUGUUUUCAAAGCGCAAGACAAACUCUGAAGGGUUGCUAGAGGCACAUGCAUAAGUAAUGGAGGCACACAAUGUAUGAGUGAGUAGGUUGAUUGACAAUUGAAAUACAAAUACGUGAUAACUUAUGCCAUAAUUGGGAAUGAUUGAGUACUGUUCAUUGAUGCCAUGUAUUUUCAAUAAUAGACAUUAAAUGCCAAUGGAAUUUUCCAGUCAAAA